AUGGUUGGCACGAUGCACCGACUGAAGAACAAGCUGCGGCUGCACAAGAAGGACGGCACGUGGGACCUCGACGAAGACUCGAUGCGUCUCAAGCAGAACCAGGACCACGUCGUGCGUCUCGACCGCAGCGGGACGUUAACGGACACGGUCAACGAGACGGACGACGUCGAGGAGAUGUUCUACAGUAGCACGCAGACCCGGUCAACGAACGGACCACCGCAGUACCGCUCGACGGAGCAGCUCCCGGGCAGACUCUUGACGCUCACGUCGUUGAACGAAGACGCCGAGACGCCAUCGGGCGGCAGCAAUGCCAGCAGUAGCUUCUCGCAAUUCAGUGACCACGCGACGUCCAUCUCGAGCGUCAACUUGACCAGCACGUACCAUCACCUCACCACCUCUGCCUCAAUGGUGUCGCACCCCCGCGCGGUCGGUGGCGCCUCCUCCGAGCUCGAGCAGCUCCGGUUCGAGCUCAUUGAGGUCAAGCAAGAGGUCGCUGCUAUUCGACAGCACGUCGUGAAUGAGCUGCACGUGACCCGCUACGACGUGCUCAAGGAACUAGCACUGCUUAAGGGUGCAAUCGCACAGGUGACAGGGACGUUCCCACCGCCGACCGCGUCCGUGCCGUUGUCGAUCCAGCGCUCGGUGUCCAACCCGCUGUCAAGUGCCGACCGCGGGGCGCUGACGCGUCAGACGUCGACAUUGACGUCGUCGGCUACGCGCAACCGCCUUGCAGCCUCCCGGGUGAACACUUACAAGCCGCCGCCUCCUGCAGCCCGAGCGAGUGUCCGCCUGACGCAGUUGUCUCCAGUUGCAGACAGUGCGCUGUCGACGCCGUUGAGCUCCGUGCAGAUGAACGAUCUGUUCCCGCUCAUUGACUUCACGACGGAGCUGGCUGCCCGUGCUCGCAGGUUGACUCCUGGCUCGCGGACGUGGGCUCUCACUCGAGCGGAAGCGUGGCUGGAGUCCCGGUUCAAUGCCGGCACGGACUCUUUGCUGGCGGUCGUGGGCGAAGGCGGCAGCGGCAAAAGCGCCUUCUGCGGCACGGUCGCCCAGCAAUAUCGAGGUCAGCUCGUGGCUGCCCAUUGCUGCCAAUUUGACCGCAAGGGCAAGAGCAGUCCACGCAACGUGCUGCUGUCGGUUGUGCAUCAGCUCGUGGUUAAUUUGCCGCUGUUCAAGAACCAACUCGCGCGGCUGAACCUCAAGUACGUGCUGGAGGAAGCUGAUCCCGUGCUCCUGGCGUCCAAGGUGCUCGUGGAUCCAUUGAAUGCGCUCGAGGAUCCCGUGGACGUGGCGUUCAUGCUCGUGGACGGCAUCGACCAGUGUAAUGUGGGACCGGCUGGUCGCAAUGAACUGCUGGAGUUCCUCGCCCAGCUCAUUCCGCAGCUCCCGUCGUGGCUUGGGGUGAUGGUCUCGUCCAAGCCAUCAUCUAAGCUAGCCAAGCGGCUUCCCGUGUCAUCGGUGCUGGACUUCAGUGCCAAGAAUGAGGCCUUCGUGGCCGACGUGUCGUCUCUUGUCGACGAGAUUGUCUGCCAUUUCAAGCGCGAAGACGUCGAGGAAGCAAAGGAGGUGCUCAAGCACAAGAGUGGAGGGAACUUUGCCUACUUGGAGUUCACCAAGCAGGCGUUGUCAGGCAUGGCGUCGGUCAGCAAAGAAGGCGUCGUCGCUAUCGACGUUCUGCGUGAACUACCAGAGACGCUGUACGACAUUUAUGCAGAGAUUUUCGAGGACAAGUUUGGUCACGGUCGAGCCCGUGUGUGGAGUAAAGCCAAGCAGGUCCUGCAGCUCGCGAUCGGAGCAACUGCAGGCCCGUACUCCCCCGUGACGGAAGAGCAAGCGCAAGAGCACUUUCGACUCACGACGGAAGAUCUGCGGUUGCUACGUCGGUCAUUCGUAGACCUCGUGGCAGUCAAGCACGGCAGCUACCGCAUUGAGAACUCGGCCUUGUGUGCCUGGUUGUGCGAUCCGGCUCGAGCAGAAGAGCAGUUCUACUUUAGUAUUGACGACGCGCUCCAGGCGUUGCGCAAGAUGCGUCGUGCUAGUGCUAGUGCCAGUUCCGGCCAGUUGACCUCAAGCGGCUCAUCGAACGGCAGUGCGCCGGGACGGUCACAGUCACCUCAAAAGACACAAACGGAGUCGGACUGCCAACCCGUGAGCAUUCUCAAGCGUGGCCGAAUGUAA